AUGAGCGAAGAAAGCCUUUCCGAGGUUGCCAUUUCUCAAAAGGAGCAAUACGAAGUAACAGAUUACUCUGCCAAACACGCAGAACUAGCGUCUCAUUUCAUCGGUUUGAACACCGUGGACAAAGCGGAAAACACGCCUCUAGCGGAGUUUGUGAAAUCUCAUGGAGGUCACACCGUCAUUUCCAAAGUGCUUAUUGCCAACAAUGGUAUAGCCGCUGUCAAAGAGAUCCGUUCCGUGCGCAAAUGGGCGUACGAAACUCUAGGCGACGAAAAUGCCGUUCAAUUCGUCGCCAUGGCCACUCCAGAAGAUUUGGAGGCCAAUGCAGAGUACAUCCGUAUGGCGGACCAGUAUGUUGAAGUCCCCGGUGGAACAAACAACAACAAUUAUGCGAAUGUCGAUUUGAUCGUCGAAAUCGCAGAAAGAGCCGACGUUGAUGCCGUGUGGGCUGGAUGGGGUCAUGCCUCUGAAAACCCAUUGUUGCCUGAGAGAUUGGCGCAAUCGAGCCGUAAAGUUAUCUUCAUCGGUCCACCAGGUAAUGCGAUGAGAUCUCUGGGUGACAAAAUUUCUUCCACAAUUGUGGCCCAACAUGCCAACGUUCCUUGUAUUCCAUGGUCCGGUACCGGUGUGGAUCAAGUCUUUGUAGACCCCAAGUCUGGCAUCGUAUCUGUCGAAGAUGAUGUUUAUCAAAAGGGUUGUUCCGAAUCUCCCGAGGACGGUUUGUCCAAAGCCAAAAUGAUCGGAUUUCCAGUGAUGAUCAAGGCCUCCGAAGGUGGUGGUGGUAAAGGUAUCAGAAAAGUUGAAAGAGAAGAAGAUUUCAUUUCUCUUUACAAGCAAGCCGCCAAUGAAAUUCCUGGCUCUCCUAUUUUCAUCAUGAAGUUAGCCGGUAAGGCGCGCCAUUUGGAAGUGCAAUUACUUGCCGAUCAAUACGGUACCAACAUUUCUCUUUUUGGUCGUGAUUGUUCGGUUCAAAGACGUCAUCAGAAGAUUAUAGAAGAGGCGCCAGUCACGAUUGCAAAGCCGGAGACUUUCACGGAAAUGGAAAAAUCCGCUGUGAGAUUGGGUAAAUUGGUCGGUUACGUAUCAGCAGGAACAGUUGAAUACUUGUACUCUCAUGACGACGAAAAGUUCUACUUCUUGGAAUUGAACCCCAGACUUCAAGUCGAGCAUCCUACAACGGAAAUGGUUACUGGCGUCAAUCUUCCAGCAGCUCAGUUGCAAAUUGCAAUGGGUAUUCCAAUGCACAGAAUAAGGGACAUCAGACUUCUGUACGGUUCCGAUCCUCAUACUGCAAGUGAAAUUGACUUUGACUUCAGCUCUGGUGAAUCGUUACAGACCCAAAGGAGACCAACACCAAAGGGUCACUGUACCGCGUGUCGUAUCACGUCCGAAGAUCCAAAUGAAGGUUUCAAGCCUUCUGGUGGUUCUCUGCACGAAUUGAAUUUCAGAUCGUCUUCCAAUGUUUGGGGCUACUUUUCGGUUUCUAGCAGUGGUAACAUCCAUUCUUUCUCUGACUCCCAAUUUGGCCACAUUUUCGCUUUCGGAGAGAAUAGACAGGCCUCUAGAAAGCACAUGGUGGUAGCUCUAAAGGAGUUGUCUAUCAGAGGUGAUUUCCGGACAACAGUCGAAUAUUUAAUUAAGCUGUUAGAGACCGAGGAUUUCGAAGAGAACACCAUUACAACCGGAUGGCUGGACGACUUGAUUUCUCAAAAGAUGACGGCUGAAAAGCCUGACUCCACACUGGCUGUCAUCUGUGGUGCUGCCACUAAAGCGUUCAUCAUUUCCGAAAAUGGGCGCAAUGAGUACAUUAGCAACUUGCAGAGAGGUCAAGUACCCAACAAAUCGUUGCUUCAAACGAUGUACCCCGUUGAGUUUAUCCACGAGGGUAAAAGAUAUAGAUUUACUGUCGCCCAAUCGGCAGACGACCGUUACACGCUAUUUAUCAACGGGUCAAAAUGCGAAGUUGGUGUGAGAAAGCUUUCAGACGGAGGUUUGCUCAUUGCUGUUGGCGGUAAAUCUCAUACCAUUUACUGGAAGGAAGAAGUCUCCGCAACCAGACUAUCGGUUGACUCCAUGACCACUCUUCUAGAAGCGGAAAAUGACCCAACACAGCUUCGUACCCCCUCCCCUGGUAAGUUGGUCAAGUUUUUGGCUGAAAAUGGUGAGCACAUCAUUGCGGGUCAAUCCUACGCCGAGGUGGAAGUUAUGAAAAUGCAAAUGCCCCUCAUUUCUCAGGAAAGCGGUACUUUACAACUAUUGAAACAACCUGGUUCGACAGUUGCUGCCGGUGACAUCCUGGCUAUACUUGCCCUUGAUGACCCAUCAAAGGUCAAGCACGCUUUGCCUUACGAGGGAAUGCUACCAGAGCUCGGUGCUCCUAUUGUUGAAGGUACCAAGCCAGCGUACAAGUUUAGGUCUUUGAGAACCACUUUGGAAAACAUUUUGAAAGGUUACGAUAACCAAGUUAUCAUGAAUGCGUCUUUGCAACAAUUGAUCGAGAUUUUGAGAAAGCCAGAGCUGCCCUACUCAGAGUGGAAGAUGCAAUCGUCUGCCUUGCAUUCAAGAUUGCCUGCCAAACUUGACGAGCAACUGGAACAACUCGUUGAGAGAUCUUCCAAAAGGAAUGCCGAUUUCCCAGCUAGACAGCUAGGCAAACUACUCGAGGCGGCUGCACUGGAGCAUUCGGAUGAUCCUUUAUUCAAGACUGUCAUCGAACCUUUAGUCGACAUUACUACCCGCUAUCAAGACGGGCUUGAAGCCCAUGAGCACUCAGUGUUUGCGCAAUUUUUGGAAGACUAUUACCAGGUUGAGAAAUUGUUCAGCGGAUCCAACAUCCGUGAGGAAGACGUCAUCUUGAAACUACGUGACGAGAACUCCGAUAACUUGAAUCACGUUGUCGUCACCGUCCUUUCUCAUUCAAGGGUGUCCGCCAAGAAUAACUUAAUUUUAGCCAUUCUCAAACACUACCAGCCCCUAUGCAAGCUCUCAUCUGAAGUCACAAACGCCAUUGCUAAACCACUUGAGCAUAUUGUCGAGCUGGAAUCCAAGGUAACCGCCAAGGUUGCCCUUCAGGCAAGAGAGAUUUUAAUCCAGGGCGCUUUGCCUUCCGUUAAAGAGAGAACCGACCAGAUAGAGCACAUACUGAAGAGCGCUGUUGUGAAGACUGCUUACGGUGCCUUCAAGAGCAAGACAACUGAUCCUGACUUAGGUGUGUUGCAGGAUUUGAUCGACUCCAACUAUGUCGUCUUUGAUGUUCUAACACCUUUCCUGACUUACAAGGACAUUGGAGUAGCGGCCGCAGCCGCUGAAGUUUACAUUCGCCGUGCUUACCGCGCCUACACAAUCGGUGACAUGAAGCAUCACGGGGACUCUAAGAACAUCAUCUGUGAAUGGAAAUUUCAAUUGCCAUCUGCUGCCUUCACCUCAUCUGUACCUCAGAUGAAGAGCAAGCUCGGAAUGAACAGAGCUAUGUCGGUUUCUGAUCUCACCUUCCUCUCUGAAGGCGACAACCAACCGCUGAGAACUGGUAUCUUGAUAGCCUCCAACCAUCUCGACGAUGUUGACGACGGACUGUCCAAGGGAUUACAAGGGAUUCCACACCAAUCUUCUGGAUCGGCCUUGAGCGGUCCUGCCCCUGACAGAUCUGGCGGCAAUGCUACCCUCAGCAACGUUGCCAAUGUCUUCGUAUCUUCCACAGAGGGCUUCGAUUCAGAAGGUGAAAUCUUGAGCAGAUUGAGAGAGAUCUUGGAGCUCAACAAGAAGGCACUAGUCGAUGCUGCUAUUCGUCGUAUCACGUUCAUUUUCGGGUACGAUGAUGGAACUUACCCCAAGUACUACACAUUCAGGGGUCCAAACUAUGCGGAAGAUGAGACGAUUCGUCACGUUGAGCCCGCGUUGGCUUUCCAAUUAGAAUUGGGUAAAAUGUCCAAUUUCAACAUCAAGCAAAUCUUUACGGAUAAUCGUAACAUUCAUGUUUAUGAAGCAAUUGGUAAAAACUCUGCGGUUGAUAAGAGGUUCUUUACCAGGGGUAUUAUCAGAACUGGACGCAUCAGCGACGAUAUUUCGAUUCAAGAGUAUUUGACUUCCGAAGCCAACAGAUUGAUGAGCGACAUUUUGGACAAUCUCGAAGUGAUUGAUACCGCCAACUCUGACUUGAACCACAUUUUCAUCAAUUUCUCUGCUGUAUUCGACGUUUCACCCGAGGAUGUUGAAGCCGCUUUCGGUGGCUUCUUGGAGAGAUUUGGUAAGCGUUUGCUGAGAUUGCGUGUUGCGGCUGCUGAAAUUCGGAUUAUUAUCAAAGACCCACAGACUGGAACCCCUGUACCUUUGAGAGCUUUGAUCAAUAACGUUUCUGGGUACGUCGUCAAGACUGAGCUCUACACCGAGGUCAAAAAUGCUCAGGGAGAAUGGGUCUUCAAAUCUUUGCAGAAGCCUGGCUCCAUGCACCUGAGACCCAUUGCUACGCCUUACUCUGGAAAAGAAUGGUUGCAACCAAAACGUUACAAGGCUCAUUUGAUGGGUACCACCUACGUUUAUGAUUUCCCAGAAUUAUUUCGUCAAGCGGCGGUGUCGCAGUGGAGCAAAUAUUCGCCGAAAUCUAAGCUAGCAGAUGAAUUUUUCAUCGCCAACGAACUUAUUGAGGACGAGAAUGGUGAAUUGACCGAGAUAGAGCGUGAACCUGGUGCCAACACGAUUGGUAUGGUUGCCUUCAAAGUGACCGUCAGAACUCCUGAGUACCCUCGCGGACGUCAAUUUGUUGUUGUCGCAAACGAUAUCACGUUCAAGAUUGGCUCUUUCGGUCCACAGGAAGAUGAUUUCUUCAACAAGGUUACCGAGUAUGCAAGAAAGCGUGGUAUUCCUAGAAUUUACCUGUCAGCUAAUUCCGGUGCUAGAAUCGGUAUCGCUGAGGAAUUGGUUCCUCUCUUUAAUGUGGCUUGGAAUGAUGCAAAGAACCCAUCUAAGGGAUUUGCUUAUCUUUACCUAACCAGCGAAGGACUUUCUGAGCUGAAAUUGCAAGGCAAAGAAAGCAGCGUUGUGACAGAGCGCGUAGUUGAGAAUGGCCAAGAACGGUUUGUCAUCAAGGCUAUUAUUGGUGCGGACGAUGGUCUAGGUGUUGAAUGUUUAAAGGGUUCUGGUUUGAUCGCAGGUGCUACUUCCAGAGCUUACAAAGACAUUUUCACCAUCACUUUAGUGACCUGCAGAUCUGUUGGUAUCGGUGCUUAUCUCGUACGUCUAGGUCAAAGGGCCAUCCAAAUUGAGGGCCAGCCCAUUAUUUUGACCGGUGCUCCUGCUAUCAAUAAGCUUCUCGGUCGUGAGGUUUAUUCGUCUAAUCUCCAACUCGGUGGCACUCAAAUCAUGUACAACAACGGUGUUUCUCAUUUGACUGCUCAGGACGACCUGGCUGGUGUAGUCAAGAUUAUGGAAUGGCUUUCUUACAUACCAGCGAAGCGCAACAUGCCAGUGCCAAUUUUGGAAACCGAGGAUAAAUGGGACAGAGAUGUCGAUUUUACCCCACUUCCUCAACAACCAUAUGAGGUGAGAGCCAUGAUUGCAGGUCGGGACACUCCUGACGGUUUCGAGUACGGUUUGUUUGACAAGGGCUCGUUCCAAGAAACGCUUUCCGGUUGGGCUAAGGGUGUCGUUGUAGGAAGAGCUCGUCUUGGUGGUAUUCCUUUGGGUGUUAUUGCUGUGGAUACCAAGACAGUCGAGAACUUGAUUCCUGCUGACCCAGCUAACCCAGACUCCAUGGAGUCUUUAAUUCAAGAAGCGGGACAAGUUUGGUACCCCAACUCUGCUUUCAAGACUGCUCAGGCCAUUAACGAUUUCAAUUACGGUGAGCAACUUCCAUUGAUGAUCAUGGCUAACUGGAGAGGUUUCUCUGGUGGUCAACGUGAUAUGUACAAUGAGGUCUUGAAAUAUGGUUCUUUCAUUGUCGAUGCCUUGGUCAACUACAAGCAACCAAUCUUCACGUACAUUCCACCAACUGGUGAACUAAGAGGUGGUUCUUGGGUAGUAGUUGACCCAACAAUCAAUGCGGAUCAAAUGGAAAUGUAUGCCGAUGUUAACUCUAGAGCUGGUGUCCUAGAACCUGAAGGUAUGGUUGGCAUCAAGUACCGUAGAGAAAAGCUGCUAUCUACUAUGGCUCGUCUCGACGAAAAGUAUAAGAGCCUAAAGGCCCAACUGGCGGUUCCAUCUAUCACGCCAGAGAAGCAUUCCGAACUUUCUGCAGAACUGGUCGCAAGGGAACGAGUUUUGUUGCCAAUCUAUCACCAGAUCACAGUUCAAUUUGCCGAUUUGCACGACAGAAGUGGCCGUAUGGUUGCCAAGGGCGUCAUCAAGAAGGAGUUAGAAUGGUCGCAAGCGCGUAGAUUCUUCUUCUGGAGGCUCAGAAGAAGAUUGAAUGAAGAAUAUUUGAUCAAGAGACUUGACGCCGAGUUGCCAACGGCCACAAGACUAGAAAAGAUGGCGAGAUUGACGUCUUGGUACCCUGCCUCUAUUGACAGCAGCGACGAUCGCGUCGCUGCCACCUGGAUCGAAGAAAACUACCAGGUCAUUGAAGAAUCCUUAAAGUCUUUGAAGUUAGAAUCUUUUGCUCAAGGUUUGGCCAAGUCGAUAAGGACGGAUCACGACAAUACGCUCCAAGGUUUGAGCGAGGUGCUCAAGCUUUUGUCAGCCGAUGACAAAGAGAAGAUUCUCAAAAGUUUGAAAUGA